UCUCAUGAAGUUUGUUUCCACAUGGAAUACAGUACUUCUCAAAUGUAAGAAAUAUCUGAUGUUCAGCACUUUCAGUAUGAGUUAACUGACUGAAAACUAAUGGCAUCCAGGGUUUCACAAUCAGCUUGUAAGUGGCUACAAUGUCUUUCUGCUGUCUUCCAGGAAUGGAUAGCAGAUAGAUGUCUGUAAAUGUACAUUGUGUAGUAUGCAAUGCGCAGAAUGUACAUACAUUGAAAUGUUCAAAGUAAUUAAAUCUCCUUUCUUCUGUCAUUUUCUGCCUGUCUGGAGCAUAUUUAGCAUCCUGGCUCUUACCUUAUUUCUUUCCACUUGUUCCCUGUAGGAAGUUUUUUGAGUUAGUGGCAAUACUGGCCUUUUUAGUGGUCACUGUUCCCACCUGCUUUCUCUCACUCCAAGGUUUGUGCCUGUACAAUUGUUUCUUUGGCCUGUGUGGAGCUGGAGGAGGGAACAGGUACAUCCAAAACAGUAGUGUGUGAUUUUUGGGCUUUUUUUUUUGUUGUUCUCUCUUUUGUGCUGUGAAGCCACGGUCAGUUGCACAUGUAUAGGGCUGAAAAGAAGUUUCUGAAAUUGGUCUCAAAAAGAAAGGUGAAUUUGAAUUGAAUACUGCAUGGAGUCUGCAUACUGGUCUCAUAGAUGGAUGUUGCAUCUUUCAGAGAAAGCAAGAAGAUUUUGUAGCAAGACAAGAGGCUUUUCCUGAGGCAGAGAGAAUACCAGAAUGCUGCUUGCUAUAUUUUGAUAGAAGGUGUGCUGUAUCUGAGGUGCCUUCAUGCAUGUGAAGGGAUGGAGUUUUGGGGAGGAUAAUAGUGAGAAAUGGUUUUGGAGUCAUUCCACAUGAAAGAACCUCUGAAGUGGAUUACAGUGAAAUAAAGGUUGUUUUUAUAGUGGAUUUUUUUUCAUCUGGCAGUGACAGGUUAUAUUAUGAAAGCUCCCAAAUGAUGUGAGUUCCUAAAUCCAAUUUCUCAAAAGUGGCUUGGCAUCUUUAAUUACACAGGUAUUCCUGGUGACUGCACUUACCUCAUUGUGUAGGUAAGUGUUAGUGAGGUGUGUGCUGGUAUGCAGAGGAUCUCCUUGUGCAUGAGCAGAAUGGUGGGAGCUCUGAUAAUUAUGAAGUGCUUAGAAUCAGUAAGUUAGUAUUUCUUGUGUAUCUUACAUAAAUCUCCCAUUUCAUCCUGCUCUUGCUAGGUUUUUUUUUGUGAUCUCACAUGUGGUUCAUCCAUUAAUGGGUCAUCCUAUUCUAAUGUAUUGAGGAUGGAAAGAAACAGAUCACUGUUUUCACUUGAAAGCUGAACUGCCUGCAGGGCUAACGUCACAGAGCUACACUUUCUGUGGCACUAGCAGGUUUAAAACCCUGUCUGGUUCCACACUCAGCAAGCAGCAGAUUUGUGGCACACUUUUCUAAGUGUGCAAACCACUGCACUGUGCCUCUUCAAUGUGGCUGGGCUUGGAUGUCACAAGUAGCAUUUUCUCCAAGAUCCUGACAUUUCUGUUUUCUUGGUGUUGAAAGGAUUAUAAUGCCAGGAUUAUAUCAGUGUCAGCUUAACUUUCUGUAGGACCUCUUGCUUCUUGGAAGAGAUCAGUCCAAUUCAACAUUGCAGCCAGCACUUUGUCAGAGCAGGUAGAAACCAUUCUUUUGGAAAUACAAUAUUUUUAAAGUUGUCCAAUCCUCAAGACUUCACAGAGGAAGCAUUUUCUACAGCAUGUGCUAAGAGCUGGAAGAAGAAUAAUGGUGAACCAAGUUACUGAAAAUGUCAAAGAGCUAUUGCUAAAGGAGUAUUUAGCUCCCUCUUUGAGCAAUGUUCCUUGCAAAUCAAUCUUACAUGAUGAAAACUAACACCAUAGCUACUGGCCAGGACCAAAGGCUUGAUAACUAAGGAUGUGGAAAAGUGUGCGCAUGUCACAGGAUGGUGCUUGCCCAGGAGACUCCGUGCUUCAGGAUGUAAACUGUCCCCGGGUGAAGCUGGGGCAAGAAUUCCCCAGAGUAGCUUUCCGAGGUCACACCCACUCCCUCCCCAAACUGAUGGAGAUAACGCGCUCUUCCCAUGCAAGUCAUGGCAACCAUAAGGAAAACAGUCCUUUCCUCAACAGUUCAGAAGCUGGCAAGGGAGGUGAUUACUAUGACAGAAAUCUGGCCUUGUUUGAGGAGGAACUUGAUAUACGACCAAAAGUGUCAUCUCUGCUUGGCAAGUUGGUCAACUACACAAAUCUUACUCAAGGUGUCAAGGAACAUGAAGAAGCAGAAAGUACUGAUGGAUCGAAGAAGAAAGUAUCAAAAUCACCCAGCAUGGGCACCCUGAUGGGGGUGUAUUUGCCAUGCAUGCAGAAUAUCUUCGGGGUUAUUCUCUUCCUUCGGCUGACUUGGAUGGUGGGAAUGGCUGGAGUUCUUCAGUCCUUCCUGAUUGUAUUGCUUUGCUGCUGUUGUACUAUGUUGACAACCAUAUCAAUGAGUGCAAUUGCCACGAACGGUGUUGUUCCAGCUGGUGGCUCCUAUUUCAUGAUAUCUAGGUCAUUGGGCCCAGAGUUUGGUGGAGCUGUAGGGCUGUGUUUUUAUUUGGGAACAACAUUUGCAGGAGCCAUGUAUAUCCUUGGUGCCAUUGAGAUUUUAUUGACAUAUAUUGUGCCACAAGCAGCAAUUUUUCAUCCCUCUGGUGCCCACGAUGCAUCCAGUGCCAUGCUGAACAACAUGAGGGUCUAUGGCACCGUGUUCCUCAUCCUGAUGGCAGUGGUGGUGUUUGUGGGUGUGAAGUAUGUGAACAAAUUUGCUUCCCUCUUCUUGGCCUGUGUGGUGAUAUCCAUCCUGUCCAUUUAUGCUGGAGCUAUCAAGUCCAUCUUUGAUCCACCUGAAUUUCCGAUUUGCAUGUUGGGCAACAGGACUCUGUCAAGAGAUCAAUUUGAUGUUUGUGCCAAAACUGUAGUUAAGGAUAACAUGACUGUGGCCUCCAAGCUUUGGGAACUCUUCUGCCACAGCACAAACUUGACCACCGAGCACUGUGAUGAAUAUUUCCUAAUGAACAAUGUCUCGGAGAUAGCAGGAAUUCCCGGAGCUGCUAGUGGCAUUUUAAUAGAUAACUUAUGGAGCAAUUAUUUGGAGAAAGGAGAGAUACUGGAGAGAGCACAUCAGCCCUCUGUGGAUGUGGCAGGCCAGAAGAACAACCUGCACCUGUAUGUGCUCUCAGAUAUCACCACGUCGUUCAUGGUGCUGGUUGGCAUCUUCUUCCCUUCAGUGACAGGUAUCAUGGCUGGUUCCAACAGAUCAGGGGACCUCAAAGAUGCACAGAAGUCCAUCCCUGUUGGAACAAUUCUUGCCAUUGUCACCACAUCACUAGUCUACUUCAGUUGUGUCUUAUUAUUUGGAGCCUGCAUAGAAGGUGUUGUCCUGAGAGAUAAGUUCGGCGACGCGGUGAACAAGAACCUGGUGGUGGGCACGCUGUCGUGGCCCUCGCCGUGGGUCAUUGUCAUCGGCUCCUUCUUCUCCACCUGUGGGGCAGGGCUGCAGAGCCUCACCGGGGCGCCCCGUCUGCUGCAGGCCAUCGCCAAGGACAACAUCAUCCCCUUCCUCUGGAUCUUUGGUCAUGGAAAAGCGAAUGGUGAACCAACGUGGGCUCUUCUGUUAACAGCAUUAAUUGCUGAGCUGGGAAUCCUUAUUGCUUCGCUUGACAUGGUGGCUCCAAUUCUCUCAAUGUUUUUCUUGAUGUGCUACCUCUUUGUUAAUCUUGCAUGUGCAGUCCAGACACUCCUGCGAACCCCCAACUGGCGGCCCCGCUUUAAAUACUACCACUGGGCCCUCUCAUUUUUAGGCAUGAGCAUUUGCCUGGCACUGAUGUUCAUUUCAUCGUGGUAUUAUGCUUUGGUAGCUAUGCUUAUUGCAGGCAUGAUUUACAAGUACAUUGAAUACCAAGGGGCAGAGAAGGAGUGGGGUGAUGGCAUCCGGGGCCUGUCGCUCAGCGCAGCCAGAUACGCUUUGCUCAGACUGGAGGAGGGCCCUCCACACACCAAGAACUGGAGGCCUCAGUUGUUGGUGCUUCUGAAACUUGAUGAAGAUUUGCAUGUAAAAUACCCUAGACUGUUAACAUUUGCAUCCCAGCUGAAAGCUGGUAAAGGUUUGACUAUCAUAGGAUCAGUCAUCCAAGGGAAUUUCUUAGAAACUUAUGGAGAAGCCCAGGCUGCUGAGCAGACUAUUAAGAAUAUGAUGGAAAUUGAGAAGGUUAAAGGAUUUUGUCAAGUAGUAGUAGCCAACAAAGUUCGAGAAGGAAUUGCUCACUUGAUCCAGUCCUGCGGACUUGGUGGCAUGAAGCACAACACUGUGGUUUUGGGGUGGCCCUAUGGCUGGAGGCAGAGUGAAGAUCCAAGGUCUUGGAAGACAUUUAUAGGUACUGUUCGCUGCACAACUGCAGCUCAUCUGGCUCUGCUGGUUCCCAAAAAUGUCUCUUUCUACCCCAGCAACCAUGAGCGUUACAACGAAGGCAACAUUGAUGUGUGGUGGAUUGUACAUGAUGGAGGCAUGUUGAUGUUGCUUCCUUUUCUUCUCAAACAGCACAAAGUUUGGAGAAAAUGCAAAAUGAGAAUUUUUACUGUUGCUCAGAUGGAUGAUAACAGCAUCCAGAUGAAGAAAGAUUUGGCUACUUUCCUCUACCAGCUCCGAAUAGAGGCAGAAGUAGAAGUGGUAGAAAUGCACAAUAGUGAUAUCUCAGCAUAUACUUAUGAGAGAACUCUUAUGAUGGAGCAGAGAUCUCAGAUGCUGAGGCAAAUGAGGCUGACAAAAACUGAGAGGGAAAGGGAGGCUCAGCUUGUCAAGGACAGACAUUCAAUAGCACGUCUGGAGAGCCUCUACUCAGAUGAGGAAGAUGAGGCAGACCCUGUUCCUGAGAAUAUCCAGAUGACCUGGACAAAAGAGAAAUGUGAUGCUGAGAAGCGGAACCGAGGCAGUGCUGUGGGGAGCUUUAGAGAUCUCAUCAGCAUUAAGCCAGGGUGGGAAAUCGUGAACCAGUCGAAUGUCCGAAGGAUGCACACAGCAGUGAAGCUCAAUGAAGUCAUUGUAAAUAGAUCCCAUGAUGCCAGACUUGUGCUCCUCAACAUGCCUGGUCCUCCAAAGAAUACUGAUGGAGAUGAAAACUACAUGGAGUUUCUCGAAGUCUUGACUGAGGGUCUGGAGAGGGUACUGCUUGUGAGAGGUGGUGGCCGAGAAGUCAUCACCAUUUACUCCUGAUUUAGGAGCUUCUUACCCUGGGCUACAUUUUCCUUCUUGGCCAUUACGGACAUUCCAGUUUUAAACAGAGAAGAAAACAAGGUGUUUUGCCUAACUUUCUCCUCAUCCAGUCCUGUUCAUUGUUUUUCCAUUUGCAACAUACAUAUCUUUUGGGAUUGCCGUAUUUGUUACACCAUCCAAUUAGCAACAUAAAUUGUGAAGCUGCCACAUUAUUCAGUUUCUGCUUUGGUACCCCAGCAUUUGUGCAUGUAGUUUUAACACUAAACCUAUUUUUAGUCAGCACUGCUAUGUGCAGUAUUUUUAGUAACUGUAUGUAAAGUUAGGACAUGAAAGCCAGUUACUGUAAAAAGAUUUAAAAAGCUUUUUAUAUUAGGUUUGGGGGAUAGAAGUGCAUUAUAUAGCAGCUAGUUUCUGCUGAAGUUCAGCUAUAAAGCAUUUUCUAAGAGCACACUGAAGUAAGAGAGGACUGAAAAAGCUUUCCUUUUCUGGGUUUAUUUCCAGAACUAAACUCUCAGUAUUGGGUAAGAAUUUAUACUUUUAAUACAUUUAUUGAUAGAGAUUUAAAUAAAUUAUGUUGACAUAGUUGAAAUUAUGUAUGUAGCUUGCUAAAAGUUUUGUUGCUUCUGAGACUUCAGGUUCUGUGAGGCCAGAUCCCUAUUUAUUUUUGUAUUUAUUUGUCAGAAAUAUUGGAUAUGCAGAUGCAGACUGUUUAGGAGAACAGAGAUCUCACAAUAAAUUCUGAAUCACCAGUGGAUUGAAGGACCAGUCCUGUGCAGUUCUUCCAUGCUUUAAAUUUCUUGCAGAGCAUCCAUCAAAAGUACUUUGGGCAUGUUGGAGUCCCGUGUAGAGCCAGUGCUGAGCUGCACGCACAGUGAUGGGAUUGCACUUGCACAAGUACAGGGACCUGCUGCUUCAUUGUAUGCUUUAUGCCCUUAGAGGGGAAAAGAAGAAAAGAAGAUCUAUAUUAACCAAUAAGUCUCUGGAGAUUUUAUCAAGCCCAUUAAGUUGUACUUUAUGUACAGAACAUUCGUAUUUUUUCAAUAAAACGUUGCAUACACUUUGAA